CACUUUCCACUGUGUAAAUCAAGCAACAAUGAUUGUAUCGGGGUAAAACUUUGCGUGAAUAUUGCGUUAUAGUGUUCCACCUUGUGACCAAAAAUUCUCUAAAUCGAACCAAAACUGUUCAAGCCCCUAGGUACUGAAUAUGUGGACCCCAGUGUCUAUAGUUGACUUUUUACCGAAAAUAUCGGUCAAUAUGUAAGAUAUAUAAUUGAAAAUCAUAUAAUAAAAUAAAUAAAUGAAACUCUCGAUAAUAGUAUGUUUUGUGUCAAAAAUGGGGCAAGAGUAUAAAAUGUUCGGUUACAUUUCGAACUUAGAACAUCCUUACUUGUUUCUUUCUCUUUUGAUACCUAUUUAAUUGAAAUCGAUUAAUUUUGAUAUCUAAUUCGUCAGUGAGAGUAUGGAAAUUUUCAAAUGCGAAGUUUUUAACAUCAUCAAAACUAUUAGUGCAAACUGCGAAGGUUUUCCAGUAUUAACUGCAUUACCAAAAAAGUCCUUAGUGUCUCUGACGCUUUUAUAAUAUGAGUUAUCGCACUUUUGAAAACUACUCAACAUCAUCCAAUUUGAACAAUUUGUGCACUUUCGAAAGGGAUACUAAAAAGAUUUGCUGUGAGCAAGUUUGGUUGAUUAGCUUAAGUAUUAGGCCGCGGGGCCAAGCCCCCUUUUUUAAAAUAUUUCAAACCAGAUAUGUCCCGCCCCAAUGUAAUCUCCUGCAGCAAAUUACAGGGAGUUUCGUUAUAGCACUUUAUAGGCUUUCGAUUAAUGGCGUUUUGUGGGUCCUAUUCCGCUCAUUUGCAAUACCAACCCUCUCUGCGCGCAAGAGAACUUAUGUACCAAGUUUCAUCAAGAUAUCUCAAUUUUUUCUCAAGUUGUCGCUUGCAAGGACAGGCGGGCGGCCAGAUAGCCAGCUGGAUUUCAAUACUAUUAUCGAUUUUAUCCAUUUUUGACAUUACGACAUAGUAUUACCACAAAAGUAUGCUCGCUACUUUCAAUAAGAGUAUAAUGAUCAGGGUGACCAAUAUAUGGUAUAAGGCGUAAAGUCAACCUGAAAUUUGAAAAUCUUUAUAUUUUUUUUUACCCAAUUCUACUCUUUUUCGCACAAUGGCACACUAUUAUCAAGAAAAUAUUUUUUCUAAAUUUUAAUGGAAUAUCUCAGAAAUUUACCAAUAUUUUUAGGCACUAAUCUCUACAUAUUUAGUUCACUAAGGUUCGAUUUCGACAAUUUUUAGACGUAACAUGCCAUGCCCUCAUCCCACUUUUUGAUUUCUACACCGUAAAGUAAGUAAGCAUUCCUGACAUGUCUUGAUGUUUCCUUGCUUUUGAAUGUAUUCGGCAGCUUUUAAACGUUAUGAAGUUGCUGCUUGAGGACUCUCAACAAUUUUGCGAGCUCUUCUUGGGUUUGGCAACAAUCUUCACUUUUUGACCACCCAGAACGUUCUUCGUCAUCCAAGCCAAACUUUUAAAUCGCGCAAUUUAUUAUUUACAUAGUAAUAACUCUAUGUCUAUCUCGAAUAGUUUCAGUUGAUACAAGCAACCGUUAGGCGAAUAAAACCACUAUACUUUGUAGCAACAUGUUGCGUGAGUAUAAAAAUGGCGACAGCUGUUUGCCAAAGCAUAAAAAGAUGAGAGUUGUUGAACAUUUGGUUCGCUCAGCGUCACUUCGAUCAUUUUUGAGCAUUUUUUAUGUGAUCAAACUCAUAUAUAAUUAUACAAACAUAUAUCGUAUUUAAAAAAAGAAACGUCUUAAUCAAAGCGAAGCAAAAGUUGUACGAGAAUCAGCCAUUACUUGCUAUUCAGUCGCUCAAUUUGCGUUCGUUCUCAUUCAUUAGUGAAAUGAGCUUUCGGUAGAAAUUUGUCGCAUUAUUGCAUAAAGCUGUUAUUUGCAUUUAAAUGAUAGUAAUUGUUGGUGUUCCCCGUUCCUAACAAUCAGAAGUGCUUUUAUAUUGUUUUAGUAUUAUUUAAACUUUCAAUGUGAAUGGUUGCGAAAUCAAAUUUAGGUUUGAGAUCUAAACUAAAUAUUCAAAAAGAAAGGAUACCUGUAUUAUCAGCAUGAUGUUUAUCGAAUUGGGCCUUGUGUCCUUGUUACUACUAUAUAUUUUCUACAAAUGGGCAACAUUCAAAUACAACACAUUCAAAGAGCGUGGAGUGCCUUACGAAGCGCCUUGGCCUCUGACUGGCAACGCCGGAGCGGUAGUAUUAAACAAGGAAGGGUUUAAUAAGACCUUGUUGAAAUUUUAUCAACGCAACCGAAAUCAUGAUAUUGCCGGUUUUUAUAAUUUUCGUUCGCCAAUUUUUGUGGUCCAGAAUCCAGAUUAUAUAAAGAAGAUGACUGUGAAGGACUUUGACUUCUUUGUAAAUCAUGUCCCGUUUUUUAAAUCCGAAGAUGAUCCUCUCAUUAAUGGAAUGCUGACCGUGAUGAAGGAUCAGCGUUGGAAAAAUAUGCGCAACACACUUUCACCUAUAUUCACCGCCGCCAAGAUGCGCGCCAUGUUUAGUUUGAUGAAUGAAUGUUUCAGUGAGAGUUUAAGUCGCUUACAAGAAGAAACUAAGGGUGGAAAAAGCCAUGAUGUAGAACUCAAAGGUUGGUUCACACGCUUGUCGAAUGAUAUUAUCGCCUCCACUGCAUUUGGUUUGAAAGUCAAUUCGUACGAAGAUCAGAAUAAUCAAUUCUACUCAAUCGGCCAAGGCGUCGUCAAUUUUCGCGGCAAACAAAUGCUAAAGUUCUUUAUAUCAAACACAAUGCCAAUUUUACAAAAAAUCCUGGGUUUUAAAAUAUUUGACGCCGAAAAAACAGAUUACUUUAAACGUUUAGUUAUAGACACAAUGAAAUAUCGGCAAGAACACAAAAUUCAUAGACCGGACAUGAUUCAGUUGCUGAUCGAAGCCAAGGAAGAGUCUGAUCAAAAUUGGUCCGAUGAUGAUCUAGUGGCACAGUGCUUCAUUUUCUUUUUUGCUGCUUUUGAAAAUAAUGCCAAUUUUACCGCGGCAAUCUGUCAUGAGCUGAUGGAAAAUCCUGGUGUGCAAGAACGUUUAUAUGAAGAGGCACAAGAAGUACGUGAGGAACUUAACGGAAAACCUUUAACUUACGAGGCAGUGAUGAAAAUGAAGUACAUGGACAUGGUCACUUCGGAAACAUUACGCAAAUGGUCAUUUGCAGGCAUGAUUGAUCGCUUGUGCUCCAAAGAUUACGAUCUUACAGAUGACGAUGGGAAUAUUGUAUUUAAAUUUAAAGCUGGCGACUAUGUGGGGUUUCCGGUGGUGGGAUUGCAUAACGACGAAAGAUACUUUGAAAAUCCCAGCUUAUUUAAUCCCGAACGUUUCAAUGAUGAAAAUAAAGACAAUAUAAAGGCUUACACUUAUUUGCCUUUUGGUGUAGGCCCACGGAUGUGCAUUGGUAAUCGAUACGCACUGAUGCAAGCCAAGGCUAUGAUGUACUAUCUGAUUUUCGAUUUCAAGUUCGAACGAUCUCCGAAAACGGUGAAGAAUAUUAUGGAAGAUGUUCGUGGAUUCCAAAUCCAUCCUAUUGGUGGAUUUUGGGUCCGUAUAGUAUCUCGGGAUCCAUGAAGGCGCUAUUCUGCUUAUGUAUAACAUUUAUUGAUAUAAAUUAUCUUAAAUAAACAAAAUGCCUUUGUGUGAAGGCCUGGUAUAUAAGUAUAUAUUGUAAUAUACUCGUACAUAUACUCGUAGAAAUGGUAUAAAUAUAAUAUAUAAGUGGGGGCAUCAAUAAAUAAAUUUGUUAACACAGAAAUAAAACAGAGUCGAUAACUUUUGCGCUAGUUAUUCAACACUUUUACACUCAUACAAAUUUACUUGAAAACCAUUAAAAAUAAAUGUAUUUAUAAGCUAGAGAGUAAUUAAAUAACUAGUUAUUUCUCCAAUCUCUAAUUUUAGAGCAACACUCGAGAAGCAAUAGCGAAGCCAAGCAUUUUCAAACAUUUCGAAAAACAAUUAUUCAAUCAAGAAAAUAUUACAUAGUUCUCCAAUCGAAUUGCUCCAGUUCAAAUGCAUUUCAGAUUUUAAUACUCAUAAAAUGUACUCCGUUAUAGUUUUUAAAUGGUCAUAAAUAAAGCACAUCCUUGAUUAUCGACAGGGCAAACCUUUAA